AUGCGCUCCUCUUUCUUGGCACUUCUUUCUGCGUCUCUUGCCUUGGGACAUGCUAUCCCAGGCAAGUUGCAGGCUCGAGAUGUUGGUUCCGAUGAACUGUCACAAUUCAGCUUUUGGGUCCAAUAUGCGGCUGCAUCAUACUGCCUCGAUGACUACACCGCAAAUACAGGAGCAAGUGUAUCUUGCUCAGAUAACCUCUGCCCACAAGUUGAGGCUACAGGAGCCAAGAUUAUCUACGAUUUCUCCAACACCACUGCAACAGAUACCGCGGGAUAUAUUGCGGUAGACAAAACCAACAAAGCAGUCGUCCUAGCCUUUCGCGGCUCCUAUUCCGUCCGAAACUGGAUAGCCGAUGUCGAAUUUCCCUACACAGACCCAAAACUUUGCGAUGGAUGUUUUGCCGAGCUUGGAUUCUGGAGUUCCUGGACCGCAGUCCGCGAUCCCAUCUCCAAGGUCCUGAACGAGACUAUUGCCGCCAACCACGACUACGAACUUGUCGUCACCGGCCACAGCCUAGGCGCCGCAGUUGCCACCCUUGCUGCUGCCGAUCUUCGCACAAAGGGACACCCCUCUGCUACUUUAUAUGCCUAUGCUGCGCCCCGAGUUGCCAAUUCCGCCCUGGCCAAAUUUAUCACUGCCCAGGAAAACAACUAUCGCUUCACACAUACCAAUGACCCUGUUCCUAAGCUUCCAUUGCUUGCUAUGGGCUAUGUUCAUAUUAGUCCGGAGUAUUACAUUACUGCGCCUAAUAACGCGACUGUCUCGGCCUCCGAAGUCCAGGUUCUACAAGGAGAGGUCAACUGGGAUGGCAAUACUGGGACUGGUAUUCCAUCCAUCGGUGCUUUCGCCGCCCAUCACUGGUAUUUCGAGGAGGCAGAUGGAUGCAUAGGUUCUGGAACGCCUUUGAAAGUCUAA